AAGGUGGAAGAUGAGUCCGUGCGGCAGCUGCCCGCAGCAGCGCAGCACCCGCCUGCCUUAGAGACCCUCGAGGAAGCGAGGAGGAGGAGCAGGAGGCGGUGGCUGAGAAGGCGCCAGCCCGGACAAGCCCCAUGCGGAGGAGCUGGCGCGGAGGGGGCAGCUGCGGCUGCUGAGAGAGAGUAAAAAGAAAAAGGGGAAAAAAAGAAGAGGUCGGUCGGUCGGUGGGAAAGGAAGAAGGAGUCUCGCGCGCGGCAGGCAUCGGCAAAGCAGCGAGCUCUGAGGAGCGCUUGGGGAACGGGGCGAUGUGCCCGGAGGAGGACGGGGGUUGUGGUGGUGGUGGAGGCGGCGGCGGCAUAGUAGUGGUGGUCUCGGCGCCGGCCGCUACUACGACUACUGCUGCUGCUGCUUCAGCAGCAGCGAACGGAGAAUCCGAGGGGACCACGGCGGCGGCGGCGGCGGCGACUCUCUUGAGUGAGCUGCGCUCUUGGUGGGAAGUGCCGGCCAUCGCUCACUUCUGCUCCCUCUUCAGGACCGCUUUCCGACUGCCCGACUUCGAGAUCGAGGAACUUGAAGCAGCUCUUUACAGUGAUGACGUGGAGUUCAUCAGUGAUCUGAUUGCCUGUCUUCUUCAGGGUUGUUACCAGCGCAGUGACAUUACAUCUCAGACAUUUCAUUCCUACCUUGAGGAUAUAAUCAACUAUCGCUGGGAACUGGAGGAAGGGAAGCCCAAUCCCUUACGAGAAUCUGCUUUCCAGGAGCUACCCCUGCGCACUCGGGUGGAGAUCCUGCACCGCCUUUGUGAUUAUCGACUUGAUGCUGAUGAUGUAUUUGACCUGCUCAAGGGUUUGGAUGCAGAUAGCCUGCGGGUGGAACCACUGGGUGAGGAUAGCAAUGGUGCCCUCUAUUGGUAUUUCUACGGCACUCGAAUGUACAAAGAAGACCCUAUGAAACCAAAUGGAGAGCUGCCUUCAGACAGGGGAUGUGGGAUACAGACAAGCACUCCAAACAUUCCUGGAAAAAUAGUAAAAAGACGAGGGCGACCUCCAAAACGGAAAAAAAUGCUAGUGGAGAAUCUGUUGAGAGAGAAGGCAGAAGAAAAUGCACUUGUGUGUGAGUCACAGAUGAGAAAUGGUUCUCAAGGACCAGGUCACGGAACAUGGUGGCUGCUAUGUCAGACAGAAGAGGAGUGGAGGCAGGUCACAGAAAGCUUCCGAGAGAGAACAUCUUUAAGAGAGAGACAGCUCUACAAGCUCCUGAGUGAAGAUUUCCUGCCAGAAAUCUGCAACAUGAUUGCACAAAAGGAGAAACGUUUGCAGCGAAUGGAGUUUUCUCCCAGGUGGAUGUCUGAUUGUCAGCACAUAAGGCCAAUCCGGCAAGAGGUAACUCCAAUGGUCCUCAGUAGAAUGGAGAAACAGAGACGGCAGGAAGAGGAGGAGGAACGUCAAAUUCUUCUGGCAGUUCAGAAGAAGGAACAAGAGCAAAUGCUGAAGGAGGAGAGGAAACGAGAAAUGGAAGAAAAAGUCAAGGCAGUGGAAGAACGAGCCAAGAGAAGGAAGCUCCGAGAAGAGCGGGCGUGGCUGCUGGCCCAGGGAAAGAAGCUUCCCCCAGAGCUUUUUCACUUGGAUCCCAGCUCACCUGCUCGGGACGAGAGGAAGGCGAAAGAUCUCUUUGAAUUGGAUGAUGAUUUCACUGCAAUGUACAAAGUUCUAGAUGUAGUGAAGGCUCACAAGGACUCCUGGCCAUUUCUGGAGCCAGUUGAUGAAUCCUAUGCUCCAAAUUACUACCAAAUCAUUAAGGCUCCCAUGGAUAUCUCUAGCAUGGAGAGGAAGUUAAAUGGAGGCCAAUAUUACACCAAGGAGGAAUUUGUGGGUGACAUGAAGACCAUGUUCAGGAACUGCCUUAAAUACAAUGGUGAAAAUAGCGAAUACACUAAAAUGGCUUAUAACUUAGAAAGAUGCUUCCACCGGGCAAUGAUGAAGCACUUUCCUGGAGAAGAUGGAGACACAGAUGAUGAGUUCUGGAUCAAAGAAGAUGGGAAACGGGAGAAAAGAAGCCGUCGGACAAUACGUUCCAGUACAGGGAAUGUUUGGACUCGAUCCAGAGACUCUGAAGGACCUGGCAGAAAACAACAGCAUGUGCAAAAUGGAGGGAAACUUCCACCUCACAAAGCAAAACACCGAGUGCCCACUUCUUCCUCUUCUUCCUUCUCUGCAGAGGAUCCAAGUAGCAGCUCAAUUCAUCCCUUUGGAGAAGGGGCCUCUUCCAAUGGCCGAGGCUUCCUGCAUUCACAUAAAUAUGGUGGAAUACCCAGCCGUGUAUCCCAUCCUGGGCACAUAAGGCCAGCAGGGCCUGGAACAUUUGGCUCUCUGCAGGGAUCCGACCCAGCAAAACCUUAUGGAUCACCACGAGUACCAGACCCACACCCUGGUGAACCAGGUCAGCAGCAUCAGCACUUUGUCAUGCAGCCUACAGUUGGAUUGAAUGAUCUCAGAGGACAUCGGCUUCCUGUUCCAGAGAAGCAAGUUUGUGCAGGCCCAAUGCAUGCCUCCACAGUGGGACCACAGCCUGGAUCCCUGCAGCUUGGUCGGAUGACAGGCCCUCCCUCAGAUGUUAAUAUGUAUUCCCCUGCACAAUUCCAGCAAGGAUUUCUUUCUCCAAGGCACAAUGGACCCCCUAUGAGACAACCAGAGACCCCAGAGCUUCCCUCUGGCCAUAUGUACAGACCUUACAAGUACUUAAACCAUUCACAUCCCACUGUGUGGAAUGGAAGCCAUGAUGCAGUAAACCAGAUGUCCUUGGGAGUAGACAAGAAACCUUCAAUGGGUCCACCUCGUGCUUUGAGCCACAUGAUGGACCCUCAGGCGCUGAGACCACCUUUGCCACUUAAUCAGUGGACUGAGCAAUCCAAUUUCCUACCUCAUGGAGCUCCACCCUCAGGAUAUAUCCGACAACCAGGAAAAGGCCCUGGUCAGAGAAUGCAGCAGCAGCUACCAGCCUCAUUAUUUGGGCCUCCCCAUCAAAUGCCAAGAGGAACACAGGGUGGGGAUUCCAUGAUGGACAGUCCAGAGAUGAUUGCCAUGCAACAGCUGUCUUCUCGGGUAUGCCCACCUGGUGUGCCUUACCACCCCCGUCAGCCUCCUCCCCCGCAUUUGCCCGGACCAUUCCCACAACUGGCCCAUGUGGCAUCUAUGAACAUCCAGCCUCCAAAAACAGGUUUAGGGAACGGGAGCUCUCAGGACACCAGUCAGACCAUUGAUCCAGAGAACAACCGAGUGAACCCUCCAUCAGGAGUGGAAGAGAAAGCCCAGUGUAUUGGCCUUCCAGAGGGGACAUACCCCAAGCUGCUACCUCAUUCUAAGCCCCCCCUGCAAAUGGAUUGCUCCAGGCGGACACAGGAAGAAGAGAGUGUUGAUUCUGGAACUAAAAAUGGUCUGAAAGUAACACAGAGCAAGACGACAUGGCCAGCAGAGAGUAACUAUACAAAUCCAGCAUCCCAGAGGUGUGUGCAGGAUGUUGUAACAGCGGCAGAGAGAGGGCCUGUGCCUGAAAAUGGUGCUGUAAGUGAAGGGACAUCUGGUGGUACUGAAGGAAAAGCAGGGACUGCUAAUGUAAUGGAGAAGCCCCUUUGCACUGGAGGCAAAAAUCUGUUGGAAGCAACUGUGCCUUGCAUGAGACAGAGCACUAGUACUCCUGCUGCUGUGGAUGGCAGUCCAGCAGGAGGCACCUCUGGCCAGUUCGCUCCUCUCUACAUGCCCAGCUUGGAGUAUCCAGAUGCAGCUACACACUAUCACAUCAAUCCAGGACUGCAGGGAUUCAAUCCUAUGAUGGGAGGGAAGUCCCAUCCAGUAUCCCAUUCCAAGCAUUUUUCUACUCGGGGUUUUCAGCCUAAUAACAGUCCCCAUGGGGUUUUCCCUCGUUAUCGUUCCCACCAAGGAAUGCCAUACCCUUACCAGCCUCAACCUCCUCCUCCUUAUCACCACUACCAGCAGCCUCCGUACUACAGUUGUCCACAGAGCUAUUCAGAUUGGCAGAGGCCUUUUCCUCCCCAGUCCAGCCCCACUGGGCAUCCAGCUGCCCAGUCACCUCUGGCCAGGCCUCCUUUCUCAGACAGAGGGAUUAUGGGCAGUGGCAUGCAGGGCUGUGAAGUGCUUACUGCUUCUUUGGCUUCCCCAAACCGAAUGGAUGUGGCAAGCACCAAAGAGAUUCCAAGCAGUGGGCAAGAGCUGCCACCAGAGGCUGAGAAAACAGAUGAAUCCCAAGAGAGGCCUGAGAGCCCCAAAGAAUUUCUUGAUUUGGACAACCAUAAUGCAGCUACUAAGAGGCAGAGAUCAGUUGCAGCAGGAGAGUAUCUGUAUAGCUCUCCCCCACCACCCAUGAGUUCUUCUGGGCUUGGGUUUGGCCCAUCUGCUUUUCCACCUCAUGGUGUCAUGCUGCAGACAGGGUCACCUUAUGCGUCACGACACCCCGCAAGUCACUUCCAGUCCAGAGCUUAUGGGUCACCUGUGAAUGCUCACUUGGUGCAUCAUCCAGCCACCAAUCAAGCCAAUGGUCUUGCUCAUGAUGGUCCUCUGUACCGUUGCCAAGAAGAGAAUGUGGGGCACUUUCAGGCCUUAAUGAUGGAACAGACAGGAUGCGGAAGUGGCAUGGGGAGACUGUCUCCAGAAAUGUAUAGAACAGCAGGAAUGCACAUGCAUCAGCCACAAGCCUCAUUCCUAAAGAUGCCUACAGCAACAUCAGUCCAGGAAGAGCUGCCAGCACAAAAAACACCAGUAUCACCUCUGGAUCAAAGUUAGUCUAAGGCUAGAAGGAUGUGACGGAGACGAGAGCCUCAUAUGACUGAAUAAGGGUAAAGGGAAAAAAUGCUUUCUACCUUCAUCUUCUUUCCCAGCAGCGUCUGCUUCCAAGGUCUGGUGGAAUACGGCACCUUGUUGGCUUUCUAGUAACAUGGAAUUGUCCUGGGUCUGAGCCAGUCAUAUGGCUGUCACAAUGACAAAGAGAGAGCGUCUCAAGCUAAUGACUUAUUUCUGACCAGAGACUUUGGUUUCAUUAAGAGUUUAAAGCGGCUGUGUUUGAGGGACUUGAACUUUCAUGAACUGCUAAAACUCAGGUAUAUUUUUCAGGAUGAAAGAAAGUAGGCUGUGGGAAAUACUUGUAUUAAUAUGUGUAUUUGGAAAGGAAUCCAGUUUACAGAUUUUUUUAACCUAUUGCCUUUUUAAAAAAAAUAUUUUUGUUGGUGAAUGUACUGUACAUUAUUAAGGGUUGGAGUGGUAGGCCUCAAAUGUUGUAGGCACAGCACUGGGAUGAUCAUAACCUGUUUACAAUCAUGUCACGCUGAAAUCCUUCAGAAAUGGGUAAAUGCAGGAAAUAGUGGUUUUGUCUAUAUACAAACUCAGCGCCAUUUAUCAGUCAUCUAGGGCUGAGGCAUUGCCUGGUAAUUGGCCACAGGUAUUGCUCAGGAGAAAUCAGUGUUCCCCUCUCUUGCCCAUUAAUUGUAUGCACUGCUAGUUUCUGCCACUACAGGAACAAGGAAAUCAGAAACUAGAAUUUCUAGAAAAUUAGGAUUGUAGCAGCCUUUUCUCAAUCAUUUCUGACUAGGAAUGGUCAGAUGUCAGUAAAUAUCAAAGUCUUAGUCUUUUAUUCAUAUUAUUACACACAUACAUGCAAGCUGAGAUUAUGGGGGCAAAAACAGAUAACGUUGUUACAUGUAAUGUUGAUGUGUAUGAUGUGUAAGAUAAGUUUGAAGAUGCCAGCACUGGAGACAAAGGCCAGUUAGGGUAUUACAGAACACAUAAAAGGUUCUUUUGCAGCAUCUAUUAUUAUUUCAGUGAUAUCUAGAAUGAAAUAAUACGGCACUCUGAUUUGUCUUGAGUGAAUCUCUGGUUUUAGCCAAACCUAGACACACAUUCAGUGAGAGUGCAAACAUUUUGCCCAGACACUGCUGUGUUCUGUUGAUGGAUGCCACAUAUCUGUCCAUUUGUUUGCUUGCAGUGAGGUUCAAUAUAGAUCUUAAGUGCUCCCUCCCUCCGUGACCAAACAAGAAAAAUCGCAUUUUUAUUUGAAUUCCUCUGUGGCCAUACAAAGGAUAGAAAGGAGUGUGAGAAUUUUAUUCUCAACUUCAGCACUAAUGCAACCUCAAGUCAACGUAACAAGUAAAACAGGCCCACAGCCACAUCUCUAUUGACCAGUCCACCUGAACUAAUACAAUUAUAGUAUAGUACACAACUUAUACAUCUGCUGUGGACAGCCAUUUUCUGAAGAAACAGGCACUGGCACCUAGGCCCUGAUUUUUUUUAAAAUUGGGUUUUUUGUUCUAAUCUUCCCCAUCCUGUUUUUUCCCCCUCCCAAGAUUGAAUUUCUAUUAAGUUGUUUCAUAAUAGAACUUUAGCCCAGAGUAAUAGCCUCAUUCUAUAAACUUGCAGGCAGUUACCAUAAAAAUUUGAUGUAUGCUCCAAAGGGGUUCUACCUGUAUUUAUCACUAAAUUUUACUUCAGGUUCUGUGUUUCCCCUUCAUUUCUUCUGUUCUUCCAGUCUGUUGCAUUAUGACUUCACCAACUACACAAGAGAAAUUGUCAUCUCUUGUACAGCAGGGGCUCUCCAGAUGUUGUUGGACUCCAGUUCCCAUCAGCCCCAGCCAAUAUGGCCAGCAUUCAGGAAUCAUGGUAGUUGUAGUCUGGUGGGCCACAGGUUAGCCACCCUCUUUGUAUGGUAUGUGCUUUUACUUUGGGAAUAAAUUCCAAAUGUGCAGCCAUAUUAGUCUGUGAAACAAAAAACAUGAAUAAUGUUGUGGCACCUUAUAGAUUAACUGGUUUGUUAUGGGAUGUAUUUUGAGAAAAACGAGCCAACUUCAUUAGAACUAUAAAGCAAGUUGUUGCCUGUGAAAGCUCAUGCCACCAUGAGCUUGUUAGGUUAGCCUUAAAUGAUCUACAUGGGCUUAGCACAUUGGAGUUAUGAGGUAGCCUCUAUUGUCUGUAAACUUAUGGUUAGUGGCUCUUAGGGAAGCAUUAUAAAAGGAUCUUGGCUUCAUUUUGUUAGAAACUUGAUGGAAAGUGUUUGCUAUUUCCCAGUUCCUGUUCUGUUAUAAUUUUAGCAUAAGGGGUUGAAUAGUAAGUGUGUGAGCCUUUUGUAUGGCUAAGAUAGAUGAGUGGCACAGCUGCAGAUCGUCUGAUAAUGGGCUUCAAAGCUUGUGCUUUUUGUAAUGAAGGAAUCAUCUCACCUUCCCACUUCAACCCAUCUGUAUCUGUUUAACAUACAGAUGGGUUGCAAUACAUUUUAGCCCUUCAGGACCCCUUUCUUCCAUAUGGAAGAAACCUUUCUUUUAAAAGGCACAUAAUGACCCCUGCAUACUUCUCUCCUAAGCAUCAGCAGGAAGGAGGGGAGGGAGGAAUAAAUCCUUUCAUCUGUGGACCUAUUUGCCCAAAGUUAGACCUGCUAGAAAUAAAGAGAAAGCAUUCAUGGUACAUGUUAAUCAUGUCUACACAUAUCUGUUUUUGGGUUUUUUUUGUUUCCGUUGAUAAAAAUAACUACCUAGGAGUUAUAAAGAUACUAUUGACUGGUAUUCAUUACCAAUAAUAAUAUUAAAUCCUGUUAACUGUAUGCAUUGUUUUACUCCUGAUAGUAUCUCCUUAUCAAUAAUGGUCUAUGAUCCUUAAACAGAGAGCUUUGACUGAUAUUAGUGACUUCUAUGGCGCUUGGUCAUACUUCCAAUAGGAAUGAAAUAGCAAAAUAUCAGUGGUAGGUCAGUAGCAUGCCUACUGUCAAAAAGUGGCUGUCUGUUUCAGUCUAAGUUCUAGAUUUGAAGCUUUUGCUUAAAUAGAACAAGGGUAAAGCAUUUUCCUCAGACUGGAGAGUGGAGGCGAUAUUUUAGUGGAACUGAAAAUCAGAAUCUUCCCUAGACUUAACAAUUUAGUAAGCUCUCUGGAGGGUGCAUAGUGCUUUUUCAUUUAGUAGCAUUCCAAUAUAGCUUUUAUGUAUAAGUUAGCAGUGUUUGACCAUGGAACUCUCUGGUCAUUCCUUCAUGCAUUGACAGGUCCCAACUAGUGAAAUUUUCCUUGUUGUUGAAGUAGGAAAUGGGGUUACAAGUCCUAGAAGCUGAGAAAAGUAGUAAAUAUCUUUGUGUGAGGGAAAUAACUAUCAAUUGAAGUUUGCUUCCAGCAAUUCUGGCUUUUUCUCAGUGAAAGGGUUCCCCCCCCCCCAUAUAUUUCAGUGUACCAUUAUCCUAUAUGCAUGUUGACUGAAAAACAAAUAUGCCUCUGAUUAAAUAAGGCCCUUUCUCCGUGAGAAUAGAUUUCACCUUUGUGAUAGCUGAUGCAGCUAUUCUUCCCUUUCCUCCCAGCAGCCAGAUGUGAGUUAUCCUGAAGAAAUAUUUCCCAUAAAACUGUUCUAUAAGGAAGUAAGGCCUUCUCUGCCACCCUCUGUAGUUUAUGCAUUGGGUGGAACACUUCCUUUAGUGUAUGUGUUCACUACUGAAUUAAAUGUUUUCUUAAGAACACACUUUUCUUCACCACUGUAUGAUGGGGAAAGGUAUAUUCUUUUCCAUAAGGGCUGAUUCUGGCAUAACCUUCCCAAUACCUAUGCCUACAUUUACAGCAGUGAAGUGAGGAGCAGCCACCAAAGGUGAGACUUGGUAAUGUUGAAAUAGCCAGGUGUUCUGAAAACAAGUAGGGAUAGAUAUGUAGAAGCAAAACAUAAAGCAGAAACCUAAAUUACUCCUGAUAGAAGUGUGGAAGGGAAACGUAUGAGAUUUUGAAUCAAAAUCCAAAGGUUGAUUGUGGGAGAUGGUGAAGAGCAGGGCUUCACAAAUGUACUUGCCAAUGGUGAACAUAUUUUAACUUGUUGAGUGUGAAGAAAGGCUUGCCCCUUCAUUCACAGUGGGCUUUGGGGGCUUAUUGUAGAAGCAACAGCUGGACACUUCCAAAACCCAGCACAACUGCAGCCACAGAUCCCCCCACUUUCUCUGGGGCCUGGGAGAAGAGCAAGGGUUACCCUUGCAAUCAUGCUGGGUUUCCAAGACACUCUGAAGUGGCAAGAUCUUUGCAGCUUUAGAGCAUCUUCAAACCCUUGCACAUCUUGCCCCUCUUGAGGUUGUAGGGAGAGUCAGGGUGAGUCGCAGGCUCCUCCAAAAUUUGGCUGGCUACCAAGGCCAGACAAAAUUUUGAACUCUGUUGAUGAACGUUUAGGAUAGAUAAAAAUAUUAACUAACCAGCAAUAGCAUAACAAAAGAGGUUCCUGCCAAUAAAAGUGUCAAAAUUUGCUUUAUCAUAACAUGAAUGUUUCUGAUGAGGGUUCAGGUGCUGAUGAGCAACAAUAUAGUGGGAACGUUGGCUGUCAUGAAUGAGGAGCUAGAUGCAUUUGGCAGGCACUGUUGUUUUUGUAUCCUGUGUGUUCUGGCAAGAUUCUGCACAAGUUCUGUGAAAAAUGUCAAACUGUGUACUUGUACUUGUCCUACUAAGUACUUGUUUAACAAUGGCAAUAUACCAGGUGCAUAUUACAGAAUUAACUGCCAAAUUUCUGCAUGUUCUUUGUAGCCAGAAAUUUGAAGCAUACAUUGAACCUAGUUAUGGAGAACCUCUAGGGAUUUCUCUGAGCUCUCAGUCACUGUUCUUCAACCUUGUAGUCCAACAACAUCUGGGGACCCAUCUCACAUCAUCCUUGGCCAUUGGCUAAACUGGCUGGGGUUGAUGGGAGCUAUAAUCCGACUACAUCUGGGAACUCAAGGUUGAAGAACAGUGGUCUAAGUGAUCAGAGCUACCAGAAAUGCAUGCAAUCCUUUGGAUUUAGCUGUGCUCUUUACUGACCACAAGGUGUCACUGCUACACAAAUAAUGUUAUUCCCUCUGCAACUAGUUUCAUUUAAACAGCGGCUUCCAAAUAGCAUGGUACUGUAUUUUUCCUCUAAUAGUUAUAAAUGCAAGUUAUAUUUCAUAAUUUAUGCACUCUGAGCAUCUACUUAUACUGGUUAUUUACUCUUCCAUAACAGUUCAGUGCAAACUACAGCCUUACAUAACUAUUUAGCAAUAAAAGCAUAGCAGUUAUUGUGCUUUCUCCUGGUUCUCCAGUUGCAAAAGUUAAGUAUAUCAUUAGAUUCCAUGGCAAGGGUGCAAAAACUCCAGGAGACACUGGUGCUUAAAAACUGGGUCUAGCAACUGCCACUUGAAUUACUGCAGAGGUCAUGAAGUGAGUUUCUUUGUCUGGCUCUUAAUUUUACACACACACAAAAGUAUAUUGAGUAUGUUUUUUCUACUGCCCAGCUUUUUUAUGUUCUACUGCAUUUUAUCUAAGUAGAAUGAGAUAUUUUUCCCAUGAUCAGGAGGGAUGGCGAGAAAGGAGUCUUCUAACUGGAAACACAAAAGUACAAGCCUGGUAGCUAGGAAAUAUGUGAUGCAAGAAUUCAAAUAAUAACUCUGGUUUUUAAUUUGAAGUGGUUGUGCUUUGACUCCACCCCCCUCCAUCAUUCCUGAAAUGUCUUCUGGGUCAUUGGGGGUGUGUGGGUUGGGAGGGACUGUAUUAUUGUAAUGAAGAUUGUAAAGAAUGUAAUUUGCCUAUUUGGGGGCAUAAGGAGAAGAGAGAAUGUUCCUCUGGAUGAAGUCUGAUGUUACACUGGAGUUGGAUCCUGGUCUCUGUCAAACAGCUGAAACAUCUCCUGGUCAACAGGCCUAUGAGCUACUGCUGCAAGAGUUCUCUCACCAUGAAGCUGUGAAAGUAUAAUUACUGACAAACUCUGGGAGGAAUCUGACAUACUUUGGAUUGUGCAUGGCAGUGUUUGGCUGGAUAAAUGAACUUCUCAACUAGGUUUUGAAAGGGAGCUGAUACGAGCCUUUCAUGCCACAGCAGACUGAACUUGGUAGUGUGACAGAAAGCUACUGUCAAGAGGGCCCAUUGCUUGGAGAGUUAACACCUGAUAUAAGACUGACUGACUGACUGAAUUCCUCCCUGUCUGUUCUUCUGUUUUCCCCAACUGGGACUCAGGUACCUCACUUGGCUGCCUUUUCCACUGCUCCUGAAAAACCCUGUUCACUCUCCCUGCCCAUGGAGCACAGCAUCAGGGAUCCUUUCCUCUACUCUUUUGCUGCUGCAAAGAGCUGGGUUUGAACUCUCCUGGACAAUACUGGAAAGGGGAAUGCUAUUUAUUUUUAUAUUGUGUAUAUUUUGUCUUGGUCUACUGAUUCCCUGAGAGCGACAGUUACCUCAAUAGUUAGUUUAAUUUUCUGUGUUUGAGUAAUUUUUUUAAGGAUCCUUUUUUUAAAAAACUUGAUCCUUGGAGAUCUGUAGAUUUUAUUUCCAUAAGAACUUGUUAUUUUGUAUAAAGUAUGUUCUUAAAAUAGAAA